GCUGUAUAUUCAUGCCGGGCGUCAGUGUUUGGUAAUUUUGGUGAUAUAUAUAUUAUCCACCAAAAACCCAGUAUCGUGGUAAUUUUUUAUUUAUAAAAGAAAACUCACGUUCAUGUUUUAUAUCUUAUAUUAGGUUCAUGCAGAUAUGCAAAUAUGUCAGAACUUUUGAACGCAGCCGAAACACGAAAUUUCCGAGAAGUCAGACGGUUGGUUGAAUCUGGUGCUGAUGUUAAUCAAAAAAAUUCGUACCACACUACAGCUCUUCACUGUGUCGCACAAUCUGGUUCUCUGGAAACUGUAAAAUAUUUAGCUGAACAUGGUGCUGAUAUUAAUUGUAAAAAUUGGAGGAAUGAAACAGCACUUCAUUACUGUGUUAGAUCCGCGUCUCUCGAUAUUGUCAAAUAUUUAGUUGAAAAAGGUGCCGAUGUAAAUUCUAUAAGCGAAUCGAAUAGAACUUGUCUGCAUUUUGCCGUUGAAUGUGGUUCACUAGAAUUGGUCAAAUAUUUGGUCGAACAUGGUGCAAACGUAACAAGAGAAGAUUGUCGUGCAUGGCACACAGUUCUACAUUAUGCUUGUAAACUGGGAAAUGUCUUAAUUGUUGACUACCUUCUUGAACAUGGAGCGAAAGAGGACGUAAAUAAACAGGAAUGGGCUUCGCCUUUAAGUGCAGCAUGCCCAGGGGGUCAUACCGCAGUAGUUCAAGCAUUGUUGAAAUAUAACGUUGAUUUACGGAAAGAGAAGUUAUUAAUAUGCGGCAAUAGCGAGAUCAUGAAUAUUCUCAAUCUGGAGUUAAAGAAAUCCAUUAAACAUCGUGAGAAAAUUGAGAUUUUGAGAACAAUGAAUGAAGAAAUGUUAGCCAAGGUAAUAAAUUAACGUUUUUAUUUUGAACGGAGUAAACAUGCAGGAGCUUUCAACUUACACAAUAUCUCAGUAUUUGGCAAAUACGUCGAUUGCCACAACAGCCCGUUUCAUCCAAGAGGAAUUAUAUAUAAGUUGUUUAUGAUGUUACUCUGAGUGUUUCAGUUUGUAUAUCCACCCGGCCACGGUGGGAAUCGAACCUACGACCUUUGGAAUACUAGCCCAAUGCUCUGCCAUCUGAGCUACGCAGUAGCCUAGCUAUGAAUACUAGCCCAAUGCUCUGGAAUACUAGCCCAAUGUUCGAGGAAUAUUAGCCGAAUGCUCUGCCAACUGAGCUACUGCGUAGCUUCGCUUGAAUUUUUAAGCCAGCGAAGGGUUGAGCGAAGCAGCAAAUUUGCCAAAAUAAUACAAACUUUUGUUGCUAUAAACCCGGAAAAAUUGUUUAAUUAAAAUGCUGGAAAUAAAAAAAGUGAUAUACAGAUUAAUUUGCCAAAGUGUUUCAACAUCUUGGUUGCUAGAUGUACCAUGAAAGAUGUUAAAUCGUAGGUUUCGUCGUGUUUGUCAGUUUUAAUUGUCAAAAUUAUUGUAUUUUUUGUCUUUCGGCGAAAAUAUAUCUAAGUAACAUUUGUUACCAUAAAUAUUUAAGAUACUUUUUAAAUCACUUCUGUUCAGUUUUUGUUGCCUUUUUCUAUGUUUGACAGGUUUUAUAUUCCUGUUUCUUUUUCUUGGCUAUUUUGCUCGCUUUUCCCCAAAACCUGUCAAGACAACAACAAAUUCCACAAAUGCCAAGCCGGUUAAUUUUACACGUUGAAAAAUUGGUUUCUUCCUUUGGUCUAUUCCUUGUUGCUUUCAGAUAAAUUUUGUAUUUUAAAAGAUCUAUAGUUUUGUUUAUACUUCUGGCUAGAAGCACUGAUGAAGCGGAGAGAAUAAAACAGUUGCGUCACAAUGCACGCGCAUUAGCCAAUCAAGUUGUCUGUUAUAUCACACUUAUAUAAUAAUCUUGGAGAAAGCAUGUAAGAGUAUGCCUUGUUGUUUAUAAACAAAUUUGGUACAGUGCUCAAUGGAUGUCCAUGCCAGAGCGUAUUUAAAUAAAUUGCACAAUAAGGGACCGGUCAUUAUUUAUGGAAGGGGGGAAGAGAAAAAAAAGGGGGCCAUAUGUAUAGGUAAAUGACUAACGGGGGGGGGGGCUAUUAAUUUUUUUCAAGAAAAUGAGGGGGCUGCAAUUAAAUUUGAAGGAAUUUUCUUAAUAAGCCUGGUAUCCAUUUGGUUGUAAAUGUUGCGACUAAGUCAUAUGGUCACUGACGUGAAAUAAUUUGCAUUUAUCUUGUCUUCUGUUUGCUGUAUGCAAAUCAAUCUCUACUGAUUGCAGAGAUAAGUUGACAAUGUAUUAUUACAUCAGUUAUCUUGAUGUGGUUAAGUACAUUUAAAUUAACGGCAGAUGUAUUAUGCAGGCCACAUUCGCUGAAGGGAGUCUAUGACGUCAUAUCGAUCAAAGGGGGUCUGGGUAUUCAUUCUGCCAUUGUAUGCUUUGCCUAGCUGCAUGUUUACUCUAGAGAAUUUUAUCUGCUAGUAUGUCAUUUUAUUUUAUAUAAUUUUUUAAUCUCACAUAAAAUAGGAUGUAUAGACCACUAUACAUUGUAUUUUGUUUUCACUGACUUGCCAGUGUGACUGGCGCCAGCGGUAUGCCUUGGCAAAAUUGUCAUGGCUAUUUCCUUUUGCUGCUAACAUUACUGAUAAUUGUUAUAUAUACAUACUCUCAUUGUUGCUGCGCAGCUGCUAUGGCAAUACUACAUGUCAUCAAGUCUCAGUGCAACCUUGGACCACAAAAGGCACCUGCCUCCAAACACUAAUACUCGGCCGUUAAACAUAGCUACAAUCACCGGCCCAGACCAAAUGAAAACCUGAUUUUAGUGUUAUUUAUAAAAAUUAAAUAUAUAUUUUUGGUCGACGUUAAUAUCUUGUCAGUUCCAUAUUCUUAUAAAUUUAAUAAUUAAUUAAUUAAUUAAUUUAAUAAUUAAUUAACACUAUAACGCCUGCAUGGGUAUCCCUACUUGACGAGUAAAAGGGAAAAUAGUUGAUGGUAAAAAAAAUUAGUCUAAUAUGCAGGGGGGUCAUCAUUAAAUUCCUGCUCUUUUAAGGGCGGUGGGGGGCGCUUUCAAUUUUAAACAUUUAGGAAUGAAAAAAUUCCCCUCCCCCUUCGAAAAAUAAUGACCGGUCACUAACUCAACAAAUUCCACUAGACUUCUUCAUUACUAUUUCUUUCUUCGAUAUCAAAGGACCCACCCAGACCACGUAGCUCAGUUGGCAGAGCAUUGGGCUAGUGUUCCAAAGGUCGUAGGUUCGAUUCCCACCGUGGUCAGGCAUAUUUUUCAAGCUUGCCCGGUGUGAAUAUACACUCAGAGUAACAUCACAAGCAUCAUAUUCACCUGAGUACAUUACUCCAACACAGAAAAAUCAAGAUUAAAGACAUUUAAGAUCCGUUGCGUUUGUUACCUUUAUCCAAGCAUGGUUGACGCGCAUUGCUAAAACGACACAAUACUGUAGAUGCUUUUCUACUCAUCAAGACAAAAAAAUCUAAACUGAUUAAUUAAAACUGCUUACUGCCUGAUCGUUUUAGCUAAAAAAUUGGUUUCGCUAGAUGGACAGCCCUAAUGAUACUUUCAAAAUGUAAAUGAAACGAUAUAAGUGGACGUUUUUCAUAAAUAUGCCAAGGAAUACUUCAGUUAAUAAACUGCCGAAUGUUUUGUUUGGCCCAGAACUACGUGAACUAACCAACUUGCCUAGAUCGAUUUUUAUUUUCUCCAAUAAUCUAAUUCUCAUUGCAUCAAGUGAGUUACUUGUUUUGGUUGAGUAAUCACUUUUCAGGAAUUCAUUGGCAAGUUCAUUAACAAAAACAACUGAAUAUCUUAAGUUGCGUUACCAGAUCUGGUCGAGCUCCGUACUUCACGAUCCAACUUAGCUUUCAGGCUCAGCUGAAAUACAAGUAAACAUGAUACAUGAUUAGCACACAACCACUUACUUCAAUUAAUAUUUUUGAGCAAUGUAUAUACAUUUUUUUUGUUUUCCUAACUGCAGGAUGGACCUCCAUUGAAGUACUUUUCAGCUCUGAAAACCUUAUUACUUGGGAAAGGUUCUAUGGGUACGACUGUCUAUGUUGGUAUCAUGGAGGAUGGCAGUGAAGUGGCUGUGAAAAGAAUGUUGAUACAAGCAUGUGAAGAUUCAGCAAGGAAUGAAAUAGAAAUCCUGAAUCGCACAGACACAAACAAAUCACCUUUUAUAGUCAGCUAUCGGCACUUCUACGACGACGAUACCUUCAUGUACCUGAUUCUAGAUCUUUGUGAAGAAACAUUGAAAGAAUACGUGAAUUCUCAAACGACUGAGCAUCUGAGAAAGCAUGGUCCAAGAAUGAUCAAGGAAAUAUUAACCGGCCUUCAAUUCCUUCACAGACUAGGAAUUUUGCACAGAGAUCUAAAACCAACAAAUGUCUUGGUAGAUGUCGAAGGUCACAUGCGAUUGGCAGACUUUGGAGUAAGUCGUGUGUUAAAUGAAGAUGAAACCACAGUUUAUACUGAUGCGAAAGGAACGAGAGACUGGAUGCCCGUGGAAGUAAUUGAGGCAAUAGACAAGCGUCAAAAAUGUCGGUUUAAGAAGAAGUCUGAUGUUCAAGCUGUUGGAAUGAUGGGGUUCUUCAUUUUAACCAAAGGCGAACAUCCUUUUGGUCCUUCCUCAGUUGAUUGUAUGACAAAUAUUUUACAAGGAAAUCCAGUAAACUUAAGCAAACUUCAAAAUCUCGGAGCUCGAGAGUUUGUAGCAUGGUUGAUCAGUCACAGCAUUAGUGAGAGGCCUUAUGCUCAUGAAGCACUGAGUCAUUCGUUUAUGAAUCAAGUGGAAGAGUUUGAAGUAUUUCCCAAGUUAAUGAAACGACAGUAG